UAUCCUCGUGAUGGAAGUACGUCGCAGACGAGCAAAAACAAAUGAUAAUAAACGAUUAUUGCGACAAAGCGCGAAGUUUGAUUGCGAUGAAAUCGCUACCGGCGACUACGUUACAAAUAGGAUCCAAAGGGAGGAGGGUGGCCAGGAAAUUUUAUUGCAAAAAACAAAUGAAAAGUAUUUGUUAGAAGAAGAACCUAAGGUAGUACAUGAGGAAAAACGAGCUAGAAUAAAGAUAUAUUUGGAAAUUGAUCUAAUAGCUGUUAUUUUAUUGAUUGCUGGUUUGAUAACACGUCUUUAUAGAUUGGAAGAACCGAGAAGUAUAGUGUUUGAUGAACUACAUUAUGGCAAAUAUGUGGGCUUAUAUAUGAAACGAACGUUCUUUUUUGAUUCGCAUCCACCAUUGGGAAAGCAACUUAUUUCUAUUGCUGCAUAUAUAGCAGGCUUCGAUGGACAAUUCAAGUUUGAUAGAAUAGGAAGUCCAUAUGCCGAUACAGUUCCUCUUUUUGCAUUGCGUUUAUUUCCUGCCCUAUGUGGUAGUCUAAUAAUACCAACCGCUUAUCAUCUUGCCCUUGAAUUAGGCCUGAAACAAUGGACUGCUAUGAUUGCAGGAAUACUUUUAUUGUUCGAUAAUGCUCUUCUUACACAAUCACGAUUCAUUUUAAUGGAAAGUAUGUUAAUUCAAUUUUCAUUGUUUGGAUUAUUAUGUAUAAUAAAGUUUAGAAAGGUCAUGGAUCAACCGACAAGUUUUUCAUGGUGGUUAUGGUUGUCUCUAGGAAUUGCAAGUUUAACAUGUGCUGUAUGCGUGAAAUAUGUUGGAUUCUAUUCAUUGAUCCUUGCCAUUUACCUCAUCACUAGAGAUUAUUGGUCUUUGAUACCUAGAAAAACUUUGUCUACGAUAAGAUUAUUUGGUCAUCUGUUAUUGAGAAUUGUUCUAAUAAUUGUUGUUAUGAGUUCUAUAUAUUUAGGUGUCUUCUAUAUACAUUUGGAAACACUUUCUAAAGCUGGUCCGCAUGAUGCAGUAAUGACCAGUGCAUUCCAGGCAAGUUUAGAAGGCGGUCUUGCAAGUAUUACUAAGGGACAACCAUUAGAAGUUACGCAUGGUUCACAAAUCACGUUGAGGCAUACUUAUGGAAGAGCAUGCUGGCUUCAUAGUCAUAGUCAUAUGUAUCCAUUAAGAUAUCCAGAUGGUAGAGGAAGUUCACAUCAACAACAAGUUACUUGUUAUUCAUUUAAAGAUGUUAAUAAUUGGUGGAUAGUAAAAAGGCCAGAUAGAAAUGAUUUGGUUGUUACAAAACCUAGUGAGCCAAUAAAACACGGGGAUGUAAUACAAUUGGUUCAUGGUAUUACUAGUCGAGCAUUAAACUCUCAUGACGUUGCAGCACCUAUGACACCUCAAAGCCAAGAAGUGUCUUGUUAUAUUGACUACAAUGUAUCCAUGCCUGCUCAAAAUCUUUGGAGAGUAGAAAUAACAAAUAAAGAUCAGUCGGGUAAUAUAUGGCAUGCUAUUCAAAGCCAAGUACGUCUGAUACACGUAAAUACUGAAUAUGCAUUAAAAUUUAGCGGUAGACAGUUACCUGAUUGGGGUUUCAAUCAAUAUGAAAUUGUAGCAGAUAGAUUGGUAGAUCAAUCGAAUUCUAUUUGGAAUGUCGAAGAACAUAGAUAUACUAAAAAUGAAGAUCAAAAGCAAAGAGAAAGAGAACUUAUUAAUGCAGAAAUGAUACCAUUGCGUGCAACUACAUUAAGUUUUUGGGAAAAGUUCGUGGAAUUGCAAAUAAAAAUGUUAUUUGGCGGUCAAGAGGGACAAAAUAGUCAUAUGUAUUCAAGUGGACCAUUAGAAUGGCCACUUAUGUCCAGAGGCAUAGCAUAUUGGGUUUCUAAUGACAGCAAUGCACAAAUCCAUCUUUUAGGAAACAUAGCAAUAUGGUAUUCUGGUACAGCAGCUUUAAUAGUAUAUACUAUUCUUUUAAUAUUUUAUAUGAUGAGAAGAAGAAGAAUGUGUUUUGAUAUUAUUAAUGGAGAAUGGAACAGAUUUCUUAAUGCUGGUGGCAUAUUACUAUCUGGCUAUUUUUUACAUUUUUUACCAUUUGUAUUUGUAGAACGAAAUUUAUUUCUACAUCAUUAUUUACCAGCAUUUGUUUUUAAGGUCCUCUUAACAGCAGCAAUGAUAGAUCAUAUUUAUUAUUUAAUAAGAAGACGGCAUACUAAUAAUACGAUUUUAUACGCAGUAACAUUUAGUACUAUUACAUGGCUAAUUUUUAUUAUUUAUGUAUUUCGAAAAUUUGGUGCACUAAGUUAUGGGACAAUACCCCUUAGUACCAAGGAUAUAUUGAAAUUAAAAUGGAAAGACACAUGGGAUUUUAUCAUACACAAAUCUUAAUAAUUAUAAUUUGACAUUAUAAAAAUUUUUAAUAUAUAUAUAAAU